GGAGAGAAAGCACGACGUGAGCAUGUCUGGGUCAGUGUUUGCCUCAAUGCCGUGUUGGACGGGCCCCGGCCGCGGCAGCCGCCCGCUGGCCCUGCGCCGCCACGGCCGAGCAAAUGGCGCCCCGCGUCCACGGAGCUGGCGACGCCAUCGACUGCGAGACCGCGCCCGAAGGGGCGGCGGUCCCGCGGGAGUCCGAGGAGAGCGUGGCGGCGGCCGUCGCGGCGGAGCUGAGGGCGCUUGAGGCCGCCGCGGCGGGCGGCGGGGCGCCGUUGGACGUGGCAUCCGACGGCGACGAGGCGGCGGAGCAGGGGGAUGGCGGCCUCGUGGCCGGGGUAGCGAAGCAGGUCCGGCAGAUCCACUCGCUGCUGGACGCGGGGCUCGCCUCCGUCGUCAACUGCAGCUGCGAGUCCGCCGCCGUGCCCGCCAAGCGGCCGCACGAGGAGACGGAGCCAGGCGGCCCCGGCAAGAGGCAGAAGCCCACUGCCCCAGCGCUGGACGGCGAGGAUGCGGCCCGGGCCGCCGAGGACAAGCGCGACGUGGUCGUGAAUUUCGCGCAGGUCGGGGAGGACUUCGCGAGGGCCGUGCUCGGCUGCGACGACUUCGACUGGGAAGGCGUGCGCCGGUGUGUAGAGUAUCUGCCGCAGCGCGGUCUGCGGGUCAUCGGCGUGGCCGCGAAGGGCUUCCGGGGCCAUGACAGCUGGUCUGGGGAUGUGGGCCCGCUGCCGCACGACAUCGGCGCCUCUUGCCAGCUGGUGGAGGAGGCCUCCCGGCGAUUCUGCUCCAGGCGCGCGACCGCGGCCGCCCGCCUGAGGAGUUGCCUGCUGGUGGACGGCGCGGGCCAGGGGGACAACGACGACGACGGCGGCGCCCAGCACCCGCAGCGGAUCCGAUACUGCUUCGACGACCAGUUCGGCGCCUUCACCGACGGCCGGUCCUCGGCGGGCGCGGCCGCCGACGCCGCCGCGGGGCCAGCGCUAGGCCCCUGCUUCCCCCAGGGCGACGGCGAGGCGCUUGACGCUGCCGCGGGCGAGGAGGCGGCGAGCGCGGCGGUGGAGGCGGGCGGCGUGUGCAUCGCCUCGGUGCAGUUCAGCGGUCCCGCCGCCGCCCCAAUCUCGAUCUUGAGCCGCUAGAGAUCGACUCCGACGGCGAGGCGGGCCCGCCAGCCCACAGCCCGCGGUCCCCGCGGCGGGCGACGGCGGCGAGCCUCACCUGGCGGGCGUCGACGAGCGGGCCUACUACGCGCAGGCCGAGAUGGACACGUGUGAGCUGGCCGCUGCGGAGGGCUGAGAGGCGACCGCGGGCCAGCGCCCCCCUCGCCAGCCGCGCCCGCCCGUGGCGCCUCGGCAGGCGCGCGGGGAGGUGCUCCUCGCCCCCGCCUCGGCAGGGCUCGUGCCUCUCUUCUUGUCUGGCACCGUCGGUUUCGUGCCCGACGCCGCCCCCGAGAGUGACC